AGCCACCUGGGUCGGGGGGUUUGCGGGGCGGGACCCUGCAGCAGGUGAGGUUGGUCUGGUUAGACCGGGCCCGGAGCGGGGGAGAGGAAGAGCGGCGAGGUCAGCUGUUCGAUGUGUUCGGGCGUCGACACCGCCCCGCGCUCUUGCCUGAGGCCCUCGGGCCCCACCGCCCACACCAUGUUCCUGGCGCGCUUGACUUCUCAGCUGGGCAGAGCUGUUCCCUGGGCAGGCUGCAGUCGGCCCUGGCCUGUCUCAGGGAUGCUGGGCAGUCAUGCUUGCCGGCCCCCGUACACCUUGCAGCCAGCAGGCUCAAGUAGGGCUGCCUCACUCCCUGGCAAGGGGGCCCAGCUGGAGCCUGAAGACUUGCUGAUUCCCAGGAAGAUGGCCAUCAGCCCCCUGGAAAGCUGGCUAACCGCCCGCUACCUAUUUCCCAGAUUGGAUGCUGGGACCCCAGUGACUGUGGCUCCAGCCCAAUUCUAUGAGUGUCCACCUAGCCGUAUGGAAGAGGGAGCCAAGCAGGGAGGUGAGGGGGUUUGGGAUGCACCUGCGAUACAGUGCAAAAACGUGCUGAAGAUCCGCCGGCGGAAGAUGAACCACCACAAAUACCGCAAGCUGGUCAAGAGGACCCGAUUCCUGCGGCGAAAGGUUCGGGAAGGACGUUUGAAACAGAAGCAGAUCAAGUUUGAGAGAGACCUGAAGCGCAUCUGGCUGAAGGCGGGCCUGAAGGAAGCCCCAGAGGGCUGGCAGACCCCCAAGAUCUAUGGAAAGAACAAAUGAGUCUGGGGUCCCAUCCCCCCACCUGUUGCUGCUGGUGACCCAUUGUAAUAAACGUUGGGGAGGGACUCAGCUCUCCUGGGCUGGCCUGGAGCCUCUUCUGCCUGGUGUGAGCUCUCUUGACAUAGAGGCCAGCCUUUAUUGUAGGAGCCCAGGGCCCUAGGGUGGUUCAUUGGCCUCCCCUGCCCCAACUGACCCUCGCCCUUCAUUCUGACUCCUGGUCUGUGGGAACAGCAGCCUUGCUGAAUGCGUACAUAUGUGCUGUGGGGUUGUUGUGAACAGCCCAGGAAGAUGGGCUUUAAUGGGUACACAGAUGUCAAAGUUCUAAGGGGUAGCACUGGGACUGGCAAGUACCCAGGUUGAGGAGAGUAGUAAGUUAUAGUUUCUGAGUGAGAGGGUCAGUGAGGGCUCAGUAGGGAGGCAGAAAAGGCCCUGAUUUCCUUAGAGAUGGUACAUAGGACCCUGCAGGUUCCAAGCUUUCUGAGCUGCCCUGGUUAGCUGGGAUGGUCAUGUCAAGCCACAGCGGUAGGGCACUGGUUUUCCUGCCAUCCUUCCCAUGGUACCUCAGCCCAUUUGGAGACCUUGGCCUCCUGUUGGCUUCCCAGACUUUGCCACAUCCUAAGGUCCUCUGUUGGGGUGGGGGCUAAUCAUAAAGGGUGGCCUAGAGAGUAUACUUUGGAAGGUUCAGGGCUGGGACUAGCUGAGGAAAUGGUUGUGUUCACUGAGGUGGAAAAACCUGGAGCCUUAGCUUGAUGAGGAAGCCCCCAUUAGUCCAGGUUUCCCUGUGAAGAGGAACACAUGACCCCAGUUAGUUGGAGGCUCAGGAAGGACCCUGGACUUAGCCACUGUGUGAGAGAACUGAGCUGCAAACAAGAGGGCCUGGGUAGGGGCCCAGGAAUGCCAGAUGACUCUUCUCAUCCACCUUGUUCCUUGACCCCUGACGUCUCAAUUUACACAAUAGGAAUUUGGUCACAUCUUUCCUGGGCUGUAGGCUACAACCUCUUUUGUGUCCCCAUUCCAGGUUAGGGCUGGGCCCCUCUCAACAGGACUG